AUGGUCCAGAAAAUCGAGCCGAAGCAAGCGCUCUCGGAGAAAGAGCUAGAGAUCGAGUCUAAUUUCAAAAUUGCCAAAACAGUUUUCGCGAGCUCAGUAAAGCGCUCAUUAUUGAGAGGGGCCGUUCCCGCAGUGUUAAAGAGACCCAAAAUGUCGUAUUCCACCGUCUUCCGAGGAGCCGAGAACACCCUUGAAUUCCGAAUUUUCUACAAGAACGCCGAUGGACAAAUCAUCAGUCCCUUCCACGACAUUCCCGCGUACGCUGAUACCGAGAACAAGAUCUACAACAUGGUCGUUGAAGUGCCCCGCUGGACCAAUGCCAAGAUGGAAAUCGCCACCGCCGAAAAGAUGAACCCCAUCAAGCAGGACGUCAAGAAGGGCAACCUCCGAUACGUCGCCAAUGUUUACCCCCAGCGAGGAUACCCAUGGAACUACGGUUGCAUCCCCCAGACCUGGGAGAACCCUAAGCAUGUUGACAAGAACACCAACGAAGGUGGUGACAACGAUCCCGUUGAUGUCUGCGAAAUCGGCUCCCGAGUGCCCGCUCGAGGUGAAGUUAUCCAGGUCAAAGCCCUCGGCAUCCUCGCCAUGAUCGACGAAGGAGAAACCGACUGGAAGGUCAUCUGCAUCGACGUCAAAGACGAGCUCGCCGACAAGAUCAACAACCUCGAGGACGUCGAGAACCUCAAGCCCGGCUACCUCGCCGACACCCGCAAGUGGUUCCGAACUUACAAGGUCCCAGACGGCAAGCCCGAGAACAACUUUGCCUUCGACGGCGAGUACAAAGACAAGGCCUUCGCUGACCAAAUCAUCGCUGAGACCUACCAGCAGUGGCAGACCCUCGUCCGAGGAGAAGCCGAAUCCAAGCUCGCCAUUGAAAACGUCUCUGUCGAGGGCUCAAAGGCUAAACUCUCUGCCGCUGAUGCUCAGGCCGUCGUCGAUGCUGCCCCUGCCGUCGCAGCCGCCGCCGCUGUCACCGACAUGAAAGCUUCUCGAUGGUUCUACCUCGAAGCCAAGAACUAA